AUCCUCCUCUCAACCCUCCUCUCCCCCUCUCUCUCCUCCCAGGGGGAGGUGGGUAUCAGCGCCAGAGUAACGUUUGAGGCCCUGUCAGGAGAGCGAGCCAGUUCAGACAUGGAGGUGCAGAACGAGGGCAGUACAGCAGUCUACUACAGCUGGCAGCGCCUGGCUGUACCACACAGCUUCCCUGACGCCAGGACACACACACACACACAGCACUUCUACUUCAACACCUCCACAGGUGUGAUUCUACCAGGUGACAGCAAGCGUGUAGAGUUUAUAUUUAAGUCGGAGGUCCCAGGCAUCAGGACAGAGGUGUGGCGUCUCAACACACACCCUGUCCUGCUGGGCGGAGCCUCCAUCCAGGUGACACUGAGGGGCGUGGCUCUCUACCAGGACAAGACCGCCGACCAGAGACACGCCCUGGAG